GGAGGGUCCGGGCGACUCGAGCUUAUCAGCAGCAGCUCGAACUCCACCAAACACAGGCAACUCCAACGUUGCGGCUCACACUAUCACAUCACCACGGCAAGCUGAAAGAUGAGCCCGCGUGCCAGCAGUCUAUCUACUAGGUAACUAGAUGUGCCACAGCCCCUGCUGUCCUGUACUACUAGUAUAGAUUGUUUCCUCCCCGCUCUUUGUCCUGCUCAAACCCGCUCAUAGCCUCCAUUCAGCCGUUCCUCUUCCCUCCCUUACAGUCUCUUUGUUCAUUGUGCUUGCUUGUUCAUUGUUUCAGAUCAUUCGGCCACAGCAAUGGCUGGCAUCCUCAAGGAGGGCGAAGGCCUGUCGCUUGACAACCUCGAGACUGCGCUGGUCAAGGACAACAAGGUCAAGCUUGCAGGCAUUGACAUCGACGGCAUCCUCCGCGGCAAACUCGUCUCGAAGAAAAAGUUCCUCUCUGUCGCCAAAGAUGGCUUUGGAUUCUGUUCGGUGGUGUUCGGCUGGGAUAUGCAUGACAUGACCUAUUUCCGCGAACUCAAGAUCAGCAAUAAAGAGAAUGGAUACAGGGAUCUGGUGGCCAAGAUCGACCUCAGCAGUUACCGUCGCAUACCGUGGGAGGACGAUGUACCGUUCUUCCUGGUCAAUUUCCACGAUCCGGACACGGGCAACCCCAUCAGUGCAUGUCCGCGCAGUCUGCUGAGGACGGCGGUCGCGAAGCUGGACAAGGCAGGGUACGGCGCAAUGGCUGGCGCCGAGUUCGAGUUCUACACAUUCCGGGCCCCUCGCGACCCAUCAGUACAGACCAGCCACGUCUCCUCGGCCACGACAGCCCCUUUCCUCCAAAGUAAUCCCGUCCAUGCCCUCCCUCACCUCACCCAAGGGAUGUUCGGCUACUCCUUGACCGACCCUAUCCACAAUCAGGACUGGUUCUUCAGCAUCUUCGAGACAUGCGAGAAGUUCCGCGUGAAUGUCGAGGGCUGGCAUACGGAAUCAGGCCCGGGAGUCUUCGAGGCCGCUCUGGAAUUUGGCGAAGUCACCGAAAUGGCCGACAGGGCGAGUUUGUUCAAGUAUGUCGUCAAGGCUAUGGGCAGCAAAUAUGGCAUCACCCCGACUUUCAUGGCCAAGCCGAAAGAAGGUUUGCCGGGAAAUAGCGGCCAUAUGCACUGUUCCAUCGUGGACAAGAAGUCGGGCAAGAAUUUGUUUUAUCGAGGUGAAAAGGACCCCAACCCGCCUUACAAAGACCUCGAGUAUGUCUCAGAUCUCGGUCGACAGUUCCUGGCAGGGCUACUGGAUGGUCUCGCGGAUGUCAUGCCUAUCAUCGCGCCAACUGUGAACUCAUACAAGCGGCUGGUGGAGAACUUCUGGGCUCCCGUGACGGUGUCCUGGGGUCUUGAACAUCGAGCCGCAUCGAUUCGACUGAUUGCCCCUCCCACAGCGUCUGCCAAAUCGACGCGGUUCGAGAUUCGGACAUGUGGCGCCGACUGCAAUCCGUCUUUGGUUCUUGCAACGAUUGUCGCUCUGGGAUGGAGGGGAAUUGAAAAGAAGUUGGAGAUCAAGCUGCCCCCACUGGGCAAGGGUGAGGAGGUAGGCAGUGAUACAGACAAAGGAGAGAGAUUGCCCAAGAAUCUAAGAGAGAGCACGGCAAGGUUCAUGGCCAAGGGUAGUGUCGCCCGCGAGGUGUUUGGAGAUGAUUUCGUCGAGCAUUACGGUGGCACGCGUGAGCACGAGCUGCGGCUGUGGGAUGAAGCGGUCACCGACUGGGAGGUAAGACGGUAUAUUGAGACUGUAUAAAUACACAUUUCCGAUGGAGAUACCCUUUCCCGAUGUUUUCUGCUUCGGGACGAUGCAACGAGUUAUGCUACAACGUUUUACAGUGCCUGAAUUCAUCUGAGCAUGGUAACCGUCAUCCAUGUUUUCGGUUUCUUCAUCUCAUCUGCCGAUUCUACAUAGCGAUGCGUGUGUCGCUCCCGCUACUCCAGCAGGGGCUAUCCAGCCUUGUCCGCCGAAAUGGGCCAUGGCGACACCACGUCUCUUUCUUUGUCCAUAUAUACCAACGGCUACAACACGAUUGUUUUCUUUUGUUCCUCCAAGAUAUUUUGGGCUCCAACACAACGUGCAAUCAAAC